GGGUUCCUGGGAUUACUCAUCUGACGGCAACACGGCAGCGGUAUCUUCUGCUUCAUGAAAGUGCGACUCGUUGAUGUCAAUGAGAAGGAUGUUUUGCUUAGGAGAAAGCAUGAAUCCUGCCCCUUUCACCUCUCUCUUCCUAGUCUUUGCCCUGACUUUGGGGCAGAGCAUGUCCCUUUGUGUCCCCGUUGAGUACAUCAUCCACGUGGAGAAGAGAGAAUGUGCCUUCUGCCUGGCCAUCAACACCACCAUCUGUGAAGGAUAUUGCAUGACACGGGACAGCAAUGGUAAGAAGCUGCUGCCCCAGAGCGCCCUGUCCCAGGAAGUGUGCACAUACAAGGACAUGGUGUACAAGACUGUGAUGAUCCCUGGCUGUCAACACCAUGUCGUCUCCUACUAUUCCUAUCCUGUGGCCGUGAGCUGCAAGUGUGGGAAAUGCAACACUGACUACAGCGACUGUGUGCAUGAGGCAAGCAGCACUGAUUAUUGCACUAUACCUCAGAAGCUACAUAACCUAUAAGGCCCCUUCUUUCUCUCUCUUGCACACAAAGACACACUAUCCCUCCUGUCACAUGGCAAGUUUUGGGCAUCCAAGAAUAAAUAGAAUGGUUAGCAUA